UCAAAGCAAAUGUCAAAAUGCUUGGUUUUUUUCAGACAACAAAAUAAUCUUAUAGAUAUUUGCUAAAAGUGAAUGGUAUACAAAUUGUAUUUUUGUGGAAAUAAAUUGAUAGAAAAUAAAUAAAAUGAUUCUCUGUGGAAAUGUAUUUAUGGAUGAAUUAACAGACACAUUUAUUUUAUGUUGUGUGCUGUGCAAGAAGAAAUCUCGUCGUUAUAAUGAUUUUACAAGUCACAUAAAAUCGAAGCAUAAAGAUCUUACUGAAAAGGAAGCCAAACCAUCACGGCAGGCAGUAAAAAAAAUUAAACAUGAAGACGACAGCGACGACGAUGAUGAUGAAGACCAUGAAGAACAUGAAGGAACAAAGCCAGAAGUUGAAAUUAAAGAUGAAAUGGAUGUUGAUGGUCUAGAGGAGUUCACCGAUGAAAUAAAAUAUGACGUUCAUGAAAUUGAACCAUUCAUUGACCCUAUAUUGGCUUUAGAGGAUAAGGAUAGUGCGGAUGCAACUGAUCUGCUGGAUGUUGCAGAUUCGGAUGUUAAAGAUGAAGAUUAUGUAGCCGAUGAUCCAGAUAAUGAUGAUUCAGAAGAUGAAGAUUAUCGUGAUGAGGAUGAUAAUGGGGCUGAUUCGGAUUCCGAUAAUAAUGAACUUCCUAUUUCCACGGACAAGUUCACUCCAACAUUUUACCGUAAAAAACGGCAUGUAAACGAUUUUAUAGAAUUGUACAAAAGCCAGCCUGUUUUGUGGGAUAUCAAUGAUCCUUUAUUUGAAAAUCCGAAAGCACAAAAAGAAGCCGAACAGGCAAUUAUAAAUGGCAUGCAAAAGUUUAAUAUAUUCCUGAAACCAUCAGGAUUAAAAUCUGCAAUUAACCAGGUACACAAGUAUUGUGUCAUCAUAAAAUCUGAUUUGGAUAACGGUGAUAGUAAAAAAGUUACUUCAAUUGCAAAAGGUUAUUACGAGAAAUGUGAAUUCCUUAAAGAUUUAUUAGCUAGAAAAGCUAUACCCGAAGGUGACAAACAAAAUAAACCAUUAACGCUCAAACAAUGGGAUGACAAUACUUCGAAAUUCAUCGAUGCUUACGCAAAAUACCCACUGUUAUACGACGGAGAGCAUCCAUUGUAUGGCAAUUUCGAGGAAAUACAAAAAGCCAAUCACGACCUUACAAAUGCACUAUUAACUGAACACAAUAUUGAUUUCAAAGAUGAAACCCUAUCGACGGCAAUCAGUCAAUUGCAUUCUUGGUAUUACGAUGCCAAACAGCGAAAAGGAAAACAAAACGGUAGAUUGCAUAAGGACGAAGAGGAAUAUUUCAAAAAGUGUAGCUUUUUGCCAGCAAAACGUUUAAAAACGAAAUUUUAUUGCAACGUUUGCAAGAAAAAUUUCAACAUGGAACACAAUCUAAAGGGUCAUCUCUUUAGAUUCCAUCAGAUAGGAGACCUACCCUUCCAAUGCGACCAAUGUGGCAAAAAGUUCGAAAUCAAAUCCACCCUACAAACUCACAUUCAAAGAAUGCACGUCAGUAGGAAAUUCCCUUGCGGUUUCUGCGGAAAACUCUUUGCCAUAAAAUCGGAGCUAAAAGUUCACAAUAUGGUACACACAGCGGAAAAGCCACAUGUCUGCGAACUGUGCGGAAAAGCGUUUAGAAUAAAGACACAACUACGCUACCAUGUUACAGCAAUACACACAAAGAUUCGUGCCUACAAAUGCACCAUGUGCCCCAAGGAUUUCCUUAAGAAACGUGACUUGACCGAUCACGUUAAAACGCACCUGAAUAUUCGCGACAAGAUAUGUGAAACGUGUGGAAAGGGCUUUUCGAACAGUCAUUCGUUAAUUCGACAUCGUCAGAUACACUCGGAAGUUAAGCGAUACGCCUGUAAAUUGUGCGAUGCCAAAUUUCACCAAUUUGUCGGUCUAAACGGUCACAUGAAACGUACGCACAACAUUGUAAAAAAAGAUUCGUAAUUCAAUAGAAUUUCAUUGUAUAAUAAUUAUGCUUACUUAAUCUACAUAUAUACAAUAUAAACAGUAAAAUAAACACAUACAUACAUAAAUAUAAAA